CGCUGCUCUCUGCUCUCUACUCCCUUCUGGAAUGCCAACCUCCUUCUACAGUAAAUUCACUGUUUACUUCCACCCAGAAGAAGAGCAGUCACUGUGGUGAAAGCAGCGCAGCUAUUCACUAAUUCCGUAUUCUGCGGUGGAUGCCUGGCCUGGCCUGCACAUCCUAUUCAAACGCACAAGCGCCUUCUUCACUCUCGAACCCCACACUCUUCUCCUAGACAACCACACCACACCCAACCACAACCACAACCCGGCCCUCCCCAAUUUCCACCAGCGAGCGACCUUUGACGCCGACCCCUUCUUGCCCAGAUAGAGGCCUCGCCACCAGACCAUCGUUCCCCAUACUACUAGUCUCCUCUCAACUUAGAAUACGAACCACCAUUUACUGGAGGCCAUCAAUCAAUAAUGUUUUCUCCAAGCAAGAAAAAAGAGGAGCCCGAGGUCGUAGUGGACAAAGUACUGCGUAGAGCGGAGAUGGGCAAGGUACUAACCUCUCUCACUCCAAGUAGAUUCGCACCGCACUUGCUAACCUCUUCUUCGCUGCAGAUCGGCCGCAAACUCAAGACAAGACUGGCUCUGGCUCAAUACAAGGCAAACCGCGGCUGGGAGGACCUCACCCUUGACACCAUCGAACCCCGAGUUGACGAGGAAUUGCGACUUCGAAGACCGACCUCCAGCGGCGAUUUACUCUCAGAUUCCUCCUCUAGCACCGGCUCCGAAUUGCGCUACCCAUCCGCCAGACACCUUAUGAGCUCGCCCCUUAAAAGUUCAGCCUUAUUUUCAGAUGACGUUCGUUCUCGAAGUGCGAGUGGAGGCAGCUAUGGUCCCCGGAAGCGCAGUUAUCACAAUACUUUCGACCUUCCAAGUUCAAGUUCGGGUUCGAGAAAGAGACUUCGUUCUUCCCCCGUUGUUGGCAGACCUUCCAACUCUAGUCAUACCUCAUGGAGAGACCAACGUCAACUAACACAAUCUUCCCCCAUUAAACCUCGAAAGCACACACACUUCACCACCUCUUCUGGCCCUAAUAUAUCCUUCCACAUGCGGGAUGAUUUCUCAACGAACUUCGCUGCCAUAUCUGACGAUGAGGAGAAUCUACCAGCACACUCAUUUAACAUCAACUCAUCCCCUCCCGCCACACCACCUCCAAUGCGUAACCGAAGCAGCCUUGGCCGCCGAAAUAAGGACAAGAAUGGCAAAUCAGGCGAAGAAGGCGCAGAUCUAUUACUUUACCUCGCAACUUCACCUUCUCCUGCUGUUCCAUCAAAUCGAUCUCGAAUGCAACCACCUUCCACCCCACCACCUAAAAACUCACCCUUGCCCUCAUCCAUGAUGACUACCCCUGGUGGAUCCGGUAUUCUGUCGCUCUUUGGAGGACCAAAUACCCCCUCUCAACCCUUCGACUUUAGCGACUUCGUCAACAUUACGCCCAGCCCCGCACAAAAGCCCUGGAACAAGACCCCAAGAACCAACAAGACACCAUUAGCUGUGACAAGACGCCGCCUCACCUUUGAGAAUUUCUCAUCCGCCAGUCCUAAUGGUCGUGAUCAGAACUCCAAUGCUUCCAAGCAUAAUGGACUGGGAAUGCAGCUCGGCGGAGAGCUCAUGCGAUGAAUCACCUUGCCAUUUCAAGUCACUAUUCGUGCGAAGUGUGGUACACGUUUUCUUUCUAUUUACAGUGUAUAUGAUACGACCCGGUGUAAAAUGUUUUUCAACUGGUGUAUUUACGGAUCGACCCAACUUGGGGGCAUCAAAAGAAUAUUUCCGCCCUUCGAGUCGGACAAGAGGAGCUCUUGUGUCUCUUUUUUUCUAAUUAAACUAUGGUCAGGAGUACUGCUAAGCCUCGUCCCCCUCUCUUGCUACCAGGCAAUGGAAUCUUACGGACCGAGCGCAAAUCUGGAAACGGUACUGGAUGGACGCGGAACAUUUGGAGUUUUCGGCGAAACAAAGAAUUGUAUGGACUAGGCAGGCAUUUGUUUAUUUGUUUUCUGCGAUCGGCGAGCAUGCAUUUCAUUGGGAAAAGAGGAGUCUUGCGUUUUGUUUUAUUAUAUUGAUUUGCUUCUGAUAGGGUGGUAAGACGGCACUUACACUUGCUUCCGACGCGUUUCGUGUCACUUUCGUGUGGGGAGUCGCGUUUCUUCGGUUUUUUUUUUCUUCCUCCUUCCAGGUUCCUUCUCAUGUUCAUACCCGGUGGGGCCCCUAGCCGAGGUCCGGGUUCCAUCUUUUUUUCUUCUCUCUUGCUUCAUAGGUAGCCAAUCACAAGCGUAGCAUACAUUGAUGGGAUUUCCCCAUCCAAUGAAAUAAUUUUUCUUC